UCUCUCUCUCUCUCUCUCUCUGACUGUCUCCAACGGAUCUCACCCAAUCUCUCUCUCUCUCUCUCUCUCUUACAGCAUACAUAUCAUAUACAAACUCUCUGAGAUUCUCUCUCACUCACUCGCUUCUUUCUUUCUUUCACUUGCUCUUUCUCUUUCACACAAGCUUACAAAACACCUUUUUUUUUUAAUAUUCAAGUAUUAGUCUAUUUCUCUCUCUCUCUCUCUCUCUCUCUCUCUUGACUAUCGUUUUCUUUGAAAGAAGCCCUCGUGAAGUGCAUGUGAAGCUUGGUGGGAGAUCCAGGACUUAAUGAUCCAAAUGGGUUCGCUUGCCUUUUUCUGAUUCAGGUUUUUGAAGUAAAAGCGGCUUGAGUUUUUGAUUGCUGCUGGGAUUUCAAAAGAUGGGUUACUUUUAGUUUGUUCUGGUUCUGGGGUUUUUGCAUGUUGAAGUUUCAGAGGGUGGUGGUUUUUUGUUGAGGUUGGGGUUUUUGGUUGUAAUCUCAUGCAUUGGAGUUCAGGUGGUGGCUAAUGCUGCUUCUUUUGGAGUGGCAUUUGAGUUUCGCGCUUUAAAGCUUGAAUCUUUUUGAGCUUUGGUUUCAUGGGUUAAAAGGGAUUGCCCUGCUUACUUUAUAUUAUUGGUGGGUUUUAUGCCUUUGAGUAGCUUUGUUGUACUUGAGGGUGUUAUUAUUGGAAAUGGGGUCUUGCUAAUGGGUGGUUUUGUUAUUGAUGGAGGAUCUUUAAUUGUUUCAAUUUUGGCAUUGUUUUGGGCUUUGCUAUGCCUUCAUUGAGAUAUCAUUGGUGGGUGUUAAGGAAGUAAUGCCAUAAUUGCCAAGAGUUUGUGACAGUUAUACAAUAAGAAAUGCUAUAUACAUUAAUUUCUUUCCUAAAUUUUAAAGAGAUUCUGCUAUUGGAGGCUUUAGUGCUCUCAUCAUGACCAGAGCUGUCCGCGAUAGGAUUCUUAAGGAUGCGAAUGGUGAUAUCGGUGAUCAUCUACGUAACCACAUACAUUUGACGAAUUGUAUUCACUUGAAGAAUCAUAUGCACAAGAAUAGCCCCAUAGUAGCAGAUAGGUCUCUUAUGAGGGACCUUGUGGUCCUACAGAGGUCAAGAUCUCUCAGGGACCCUUCUGCAAGUCCUCCCUCAUGGCACUCACCUUCCAUUGUUGAUCUACUUCCAAAGAAGGGUGAAAAUGAUGCGAGGAUUCGGGAGGGGAGAAGGUCUAUUGGCAUUGAGCGUCGGAGGGAAGCUAGGAGGAUGUCAGGAAGCUCACCAACAUUCCCAAAUUUAUCCACAUCAAAAGUUGCUCCUGGUGAGGUCAGUGGGGGUACUGAUGGGGUAGCGGCAAUAAGCGAACGUAGUAGCAAGAGUGGAGUUGGGAAUAGAAGAGUUAGGAGAGAGGAGUCUAGUCGGAAGAGUAAUAGGACUGAUGUUUUGGGUGGCAACGAGGAGCCUCCACUCAAUCAAGAUGGAAAUGUCUUGGCUCAUGAUGUUGUUUCUAGAAACUCUGAAUCUAAAGAUAGAAAGAGUAAACAAAAGGGGAAGCAAAUUGGAGAUGUUCAACUUAAGACCCUGUCUGAGCAGUUGAAUGAUGGUCCAACUGAUGAUGUAGCAUCUUCUAACAUCCACCUUCGUGGAAGUCAUUCUCGAUGGGAGAAAACUGUUGAUGAACCAGAAGCCAGCAUUCAUGGGUACUCCAGUGGGUUAAAUAGAGUUAAAAGGCGCAAGUUUCGAGGCACAAGAAGAGCUCGAGCUGCUACAGCUUCAAGAGAUGUUGGAGCUCAGAAUGAAUUGUCUGUGGCAUCUAACACAUUAGCUCAGGGUUCAGCCCGUGCCAAGUAUUUGAUGGAGGAGGGGGAAGAAGAGUAUGGCAACGCAAAUGUCACUAGGGCUCCGGGAAAUGGGUGUGGGAUUCCUUGGAAUUGGUCAAGAAUUCAUCACAGAGGUAAAACUAUUCUUGACAUGGCUGGAAGAAGUUUGUCUUGUGGUUUAUCAGAUUCAAGGUUAAGGAAAGGUGGUUCAACUGCCCAUGGGAGAGAAAUGUCUGACAUGCCAAUGGCAUCUGAUUACACAAGCUCAUCUACAAGAUCUAAUUCAGAGGCACUGCCUCUGCUGGUUGAGGCAUCUGGAUCUCAGGAAACGACAGACAAUGCUGGUUGGGUCCAUAACUAUUCCGGUGAACUUGGAAUUUUUGCUGAUAAUUUAUACAAGCGUGAUGUUGAUUCAGACCUUGCUUCUGAAGCUAGAUCUGGUGAUCAACGCAAGUUGAGAGGCUACCACAAAAAUAGACACCAGAGCCUCACACAAAAGUACAUGCCAAGAACCUUCAGGGAUCUGGUGGGACAGAAUUUGGUUGCACAAGCUCUUUUAAAUGCUGUCAUGAAAAGGAAGGUUGGAUUGCUGUAUGUGUUUUAUGGACCUCAUGGCACAGGUAAAACUUCCUGUGCCCGCAUAUUUGCCCAAGCUUUAAAUUGUCAAUCUUCAGAACAUCCUAAACCUUGUGGAUUUUGCAAUUCUUGCAUUGCGCAUGAUAUGGGUAAGAGUAGAAACAUACGGGAAGUUGGUCCAGUCAGUAAUUUUGACUUUGAGAGCAUUAUGGAUUUACUUGACAAUAUGAUUGUUUCCCAGCUGCCAUCACAUCAUAGAGUGUUUAUCUUUGAUGACUGUGAUACUUUGUCCUCUGAUUGCUGGAGUGCCAUAUCAAAGGUCAUUGAUCGAGCUCCUAGACGUGUGGUUUUUGUCCUUGUCAGUUCGAGUCUUGAUGUUUUGCCUCACAUAAUCAUAUCCAGGUGCCAGAAGUUCUUUUUUCCAAAGCUGAAGGAUGCAGAUAUUAUCUAUACUUUGCAGUGGAUUGCGACCAAAGAAGAUUUAGAAAUUGAUAAGGAAGCACUAAAACUUAUUGCAUCAAGAUCAGAUGGAUCAUUGAGAGAUGCUGAGAUGACUCUUGAGCAACUGAGUUUGCUUGGCCAGAGGAUCUCUGUCCCUCUGGUUCAGGAACUGGUUGGGCUUAUCUCAGAUGAAAAAUUGGUAGAUCUUCUUGAUUUAGCACUAUCUGCAGACACAGUUAACACUGUGAAGAACUUGAGAAUAAUAAUGGAAACUGGUGUAGAGCCAUUGGCUUUGAUGUCACAGCUUGCUACCGUCAUUACCGAUAUACUUGCUGGUAGUUAUGACUUUACAAAAGACAGGCAUAGAAGGAAGUUCUUUCGACGACAACCAUUAUCCAAAGAAGAUAUGGAAAAACUGCGUCAAGCUCUGAAAACUUUAUCAGAGGCUGAAAAACAAUUAAGGAUGUCAAAUGACAAAUUAACAUGGCUAACAGCUGCGUUGCUUCAACUAGCUCCUGAUCAGCAGUACAUGCUGCCCACUUCUGCGGACACUAGUUUUAGUCACAGUCCCAUAGCCCUAAAUAAUGCGGGUGGAAGAGAUUUAGCCAGGAGAGUAAGUGAGCAUUCUGAGAUGUCCAAUAAGGAGAGACGCUUGUCAACAAAUGUCAGAAUAGAAAAUCUCCGUGCUGGAAGUUCUGCUGAUUUCCGAGAAAAUGGCACACUUAAGGGUAUUAAUUUAGAGAAAAAAAGACAUGCUGGGACUAGUAUGGUUCAUCAACAGACAUCCACACAUUCUACUGACAAUAACAGGGUAAGUGGCAGGCAUAUUUCUGGUAAAAACCAUAGAGGAAUUGCAGAUAUCUGGUUGGAGGUGCUUGAGAAAAUUCAAAUUAAUGGUUUGAAGGAGUUUUUGUAUCAAGAAGGGAAGCUGAUCUCAGUCAGUUUUGGUGCAGCCCCUACUGUGCAGUUGAUCUUCACUUCACAACAGACUAAAUCAACAGCUGAGAAGCUGAGGGAGCACAUUUUAGAAGCAUUUGAGGCCGUUCUGUGUUCCCCAGUGAUAAUUGAAAUUAGAUGUGAACCAAAGAAAGAUUCAGGAUCAGGUGUACAUGUGCCUCUUAUCUUAUCAGCUUCUAGGGACAGUUCAUCUCAAAUUAGAGAUAUAAAUGGAGUCGGCACUCAAGCCCAGCUCUUGCAAAGUGACAAUGUUGAAAUGGGAAGAAGUGAAAUUGUAGAAGUAGCAGCUUCUCCGAGGGAACCCAAGGGUAAUGAGCACGGUGAUAAUCAUGCAACAGCUGAUAAAAGAGGCUUAGGAGGAUCUGGCGUGGGAGAAGGAACAGCUUCUUAUAAGAAAGCAACCAUGGCUUCACUCCCAGAAAGACGAAAAUUUGGUGAACAAAGUCAGAGCCUUGUUAAAAGCAAGGUGUCCCUUGCCCACGUAAUUCAGCAAGCUGAAGGAUGUACACAGCGAAAUGCAUGGUCAAAACGCAAAGCAGUUUCUAUUGCCGAAAAGCUUGAACAGGAGAAUUUGAGACUGGAACCUAGAUCAAGAAGCCUACUUUGUUGGAAAGCAACUAGAGUAACUCGUCGGAAGCUUUCACGGUUGAAAAUUAGGACGCGAAAACCACAUUCAUUGCUGAAGCUUGUUUCCUGUGGAAAGUGUCUCUCAGCUAAAUCUCCAAGGUAAUGCAAGAAAGGGAUUUAGGAUGGCUUAGAAGGGUAGAUUGUGCAACAUCAUUUGUAUUAUUUGUAUUUAGCGAUUUUCCUGCCAUUUCUAGGUUAAUUUAUCUUUCAAAUAUUUUUUCAUUGAAUAAAGGUAUGAUUUAUAUCUGAUUAGAAAAUGUAGGAAAGAAAUUAGAUAGUGCAGCCUCUAUUAAUGAUAUUAAUUUUUUAUGAGCAACUGUUCUGUUUUUAGGCCUUCUUGUAUUCAGUCAAAUGCAGGCUUUAAUUAGUUGUGGUAUUAAUUUUGGGUGAUGCUAGGGAUACUACAAAUGUGGCAUAAGGCUUACAAACUGAUGUAUCAAAUUUUUAAACACAACAAAAAAUAUUUAAGAAAUUUAUUUCUUAUA